ACUAGAGGCACGCAGAGGGAAGCACCGCUUCGACAAAACACGCAGGAAAGCCAACAUCACCCUUGGAGCAUUACGUCAGCCGCGAGCGCAGCACGGCAGGCACGCUAGCCGAGACAUUUGGGAACGUUCUGGAUGCGGUGCGGAGUUUUGGCGGAGAACGUUUGAUAGCACAGGUUGCACUCUCCAAGUUUGUUUCCAGGUUGCACCCCGCCAAGACAGAAGCGCAGUCACAGCUCGCGCGACGAGGAAAAAGCUUGGAGGUUUUCUACCCCGAAUCCACAGGCGUGCCUGCGUGGUUUGACACAGGCAGCGGCAGGGACUGCGGCUGCGCCAAGGUUGAGGGAGAGCGAGUUCAACUUUACCAACGACACGUACUCGUUCUGCCUUGUGCAAUCAAGCAGCAGCAGCAGCAACAGCAUGCAAGAGCACGUCGUAGACGAGUCUCGUGGCCCUUACUUCCCGUUCAACAGGAGGGAGACCUACCCGAAGCGGUUGAAGGUGGACUUCAGGAGGCUCCCGACGAGCACCUUGCUGACGUACACAGCCCACCACGACCUCCAUGUUCGCCCGGACAGCACUCACGAAGAACUCGCCAUCGCAACAGCUAGGCACUUCGCCGCGUGGCGCAUCAACGAAGAGUCCAUCAUGCGCAGCUUCUGCCAAGGCCUGGCCUCCUCCACCAUCGGCACCCCGACCCGCACCAUCGGCGACGCCGAGAACAACAAGCGAAAGCGCCUCGACUCUCUAGACCGAGAUCUCAACAUCGUGCCCCCCUCCCCAGAGCUUCUCGGCCUGGCCAACGCCGCUGCCGCCAGCAUCGGCCGCGGUAGCCGGGGAGACCCCCCCCACCACAAGAGCUCCUCCAACCCCCGCAGCCCCCCGCGCAGCAGAAACCGGGGGGGCGCCGCGAAGAGCAACGGUGGAGGCGGUGCUAGAGACCGCACUAGUGACAGACGGGGUGGCGACGGGGCUCUUGGCCUCCUCGCGCAGGGCGCGGCUUCUUUUUCUUUGUUCAGCCACAGGUCUUUUGUCUUCGACACCGCCGAGCAGGUUGCUGCCUACGUCUCGGGCGCGUGGAUCCUUGCUCGCGUCGUUCAGCACAAGGGAUACGGCAAGGUGGAGCUCCACGACGAAGACGACGCCUCUCACGUCUUCGAACUACCUAUCAGCGAAGUCAGGCACCUGGAAGACUUGUCUUCGGACCUGGGCAAGCACGACAGGGUCUUGGCGGUGUUUCCGGACACGACCAUCUUCUACUGCGCGACGGUCGCCAAGGACUCGCCUCGCAUGGAUGGCAACACCAAGGUGCUGUUGGUUUACUUCGAGGACGACGAAGACGCUAACGGGGGGCGUCAAUACCGCCGCAUUCCCGUGGAGCACGUUAUGAUCGAAGACGACGGGGGGCACGCGAACCGCCACGGCUACGCGGCUGGGGCCGGGGUGGGUGGGCGCAGCAAUGGCGGCGGCACUGGCCGGAGCGAAAGGAGCGUAAGGUCUAGCGUUUCCGGUCGGGCUACCGGCUCCCAUCGGUCACGUUCCACGUCUCCCCGUGUCAGAAACGAGUACGGAGGGGGGUCCGCGGCGGGGAGCCACCUCAUGGGGGGAGCUGCAUCGUUAGCCUCGAGGGCAUCGGGCGGCAGCAGCGCCGUCGGAGGGGGCGGAGGAAGGGCGAGCAACGGCAACAGGGACCAGCAGGGGGGUAGCAAGAAGGGCGGCGCCACCUACGCAGACAUGAUCGCCCACGCGCUAGGCAAGGUGGAGAACGGAAAGGGCGCCUUCACGCAGAUCUGCGAUAUCAUCGAGCGGCAGUUCUCCGAGUAUCUAAACUGGAAGCUCGAGAGCGAUGUCCGCAAGACCCCGGUGUGGAAGUCAUCCGUCCGGAAGAUCCUCUUCUCCAACAGCAGGUUUCAGCACCAUUCCACGACCCCAGAACUGGGGCAUGUGUUCACCAUGGCCCGCUCCAAGAAAAACAACUGAGGUUCGCGGAACGUCCCGUGCGAAAGCCGUUUCCACGCACGGCAUUAUUUCAUUUUUUUUUUACCCUACACGCGUUACUGGAGCGUCAACGUCGCGUCUCCUCGGAAUCUAGGGUUGAAGGUUCAGAAGCCAGUUCAGGAGAGCCAAAAGCUCGGGACUGUGAUCCACCAACAGAGGUAGGGAACGGCAAAGUGUUUUCUCGCAUAUUCUUGAGCCGGUGCGAUAGUGUAUUUCCUCCCGCUAUCUUUAAACCUCCCAGUCUCUCUGUGGAAGAAAUGUGUCCGUAGUGAUUAGGGAGGAGGGCUAGAGGAGGGUCCUAGGCACUGUCGGUGGGCUACAGCUGACGCUGUGGCCGAGGGGGGAUGCUGGUGCUGAAGCUGACACCGGUAUUGUUUGGGACAGUCUCCGGGGCUCCCGCUAGACCCUCAACUGUUAGCACGCACACCCAGGGGCUGCCCGUUGAGUAUAUCCGGAGGGGGAGGGGGGGGGGACAGGGUGCUUUCCUGUCCGGUGUGAAGCUGGGGUCUCGUCGUGGCCCAGGCGGGGCAGCUCGAGGGGGUAUGUAGAUAUUUCGGGGGGCGGGGAAGUGGGCAGGGAGAACCAACCUUUCCCAUCCACGAGGGGGAAGGAUGUACGAGAGGGGGGAAUGAUAAAGAUUUGAGCAACUUUAUUGGUGUGGUGAAUGCGUCACUUUCCGGCAGCGAAGGCGUCUCGGUGUUUGUCCGCCAAUGCCGGAUUUCGACGCUCAACCCCAACACGCACGCAAGAAGGGCCGAGGGGGGCCGUUCUAAGUCGUGGACGCUUUGCUGCUGGCUGCGUGGGAAGUUUCCGUUUGUUGCGGUGCAGUUGUAUGUUGUUUUUUUCUUGCUGGAUAAUUGUUGACCUUUUUUACUAGGUGGGGCGGGGGGAGGGGGUGUAUACCGGCAAACGAUCAACGUUGACUGCCAUGUACAAGUACACAUUUUGCGCGUGGAAAAAUGCUGGCGAGGCUUUCGGGUUGUGUAUUGCAAUACGUUAGGCGUAACGGCGGUGUGGAUGGGUGUACAAUAGACAUGUGCAUAUACCAGUGAGCGGAAAAGAUCGACCAUUUCCCCUCCCGCUAUCCUAGAGUUUCCGUCGUUGUGAGAAAGAUUCUUCAAAGUUUGGUCGGGGGAGCGGGCAAUCCCGCGUCUCCGGAUCCAGGCAAGAUUUUAAGGUUUAUUGCCGUUUACGCUAAAGCUUUUCCCGGUGUUGCAUAUGUACAUUGUGGCCCUGAGUUGAAAAGCCCCCUCCCAGCCCUGAAAGUAUUCCCCAUUAUACGAUGCCGUGUGUCAGUAAAUAAACUGCGGGGGAGACACAACCCCUCACUGUUGAGUCGAUCUAUCUACUCUUGAGGUGGAAGUUACUGUACCUUGUCUGCGCGAUGAGCCUUAGAGAACAAGCAUGUCGUCUCCGAACUACUCGUGUCGGCAUUCGUUAAGCGGCGUUAGGUGUAGCGAAGUAGAUGAUUGGGGGGAUAAGCGAGUAGCAUUUUUCGUGGCGUUCCUUUCUGUGCAUGCCGACAGCAGGUCGAGCAUGCGUCGGCGGGACUGCGGCAGCACGCGACGCAAACCAGCGCACGUCGUUUGCGAAAUCUGGUUCUGAUUUCUUGUCGAGUCUGACCAGUAGCCGCAGUAUCUGCCGCAAGCUGUCUUGGAUAGGAAACUCCCGUCCGCGCUGCGUCAGUGACGUUUGCACCUCGUACGGAAAAUGGACUUCACAGGUUUUUCUAAGUUAGGUUUUUCUAGGUUUUGAUUGUUUUUAAUUUUUGGGGCUUUUGGGGUUCGUGUGUUAUUUGUUUGUCGGUGAGGUUCGACCAAAACAAGCUACUGCUCCUGAAAUGGGUGGCGAGGCGAGUUGGGCUUCAAGAAGUCAUUACGAAUCGGUGGGGUGGUAGUCUACCGAUCGAAAAGGCGGAGGAGGGGGCAAGGGGGAGUAGCCGAUAAAUGGGGGAUGUCUUCGAGAGGCCGAAACAGCUACAGCGGUUGGCAUGUAUGCCUUGGUAUGUCCUGACCCACCUCUCGAAGCUGCCCCUUGAGACAUGAUGGUGAUUCUUGUUUCGUUUUGCCUUGCUCCCUCCCAGACCGAACGGCUGUGAAUUGAGACAACAGUGUCACGUGACUUCAGCUUGACGCUGCUCGCUUCGUAUGUGUGCUGCCAUUUGUCCCUUUUGUGCUUGGAGCGUGUGCUACUGUUGUGUUUUUUGCGUGCGAAAUCACCGGCGCGCGUUGCAGUUUUUGUUCUGCUGAUAGUGAAGUGAAAAUACCUAGUUUUUGUUGCAGGGGCGAGGCUUGUCGGAGUAACGGGCAUGCUCACUUGAUGCUUGUUGGAUCCUCACGUAUGGGUAACCAUGUGCUUCCCACGGCGUUGAUUUAUGCGUUGAAGUGGUCACGGUGUGUGCAUGCGUGUAUCGUUUGCUUGUACUAGUAACAAGGUUGGAUUGAGGUUGGGGGGCGUGAUGUUUGGGGUCGGAAAAAUAAAGGAAAAAAGGGAGGGAUGGGGAAGGGAUGCAGUGGAAGUGGACGUUGCAUAAUGGGACUGGGGAGUCGCUGUGCUUGGGUAUGAAAUCAAUUCUCACGUACAAAUAGUACACCUAAGAAACAUGACGUAUGUUAGUAGCUUAGACUCGCGCCCAUUGUCACCGAGCAGCACAGAGGGAGAGCCCCAAACCUUCAUUACCCCCUGGGGGUGGAUGUAAGGUUCCCGAACGCAACGAUUGUGCUGUCAAGACCGAGUUUCGGGGAGGGAAUAUUGUGAGGCCUAAGCGUGUAAGGCCGAAGGGAAAGGGGGGGGUACCCACUAACGUGCGUCACCGUCACCACUGAGUGUUGCUCGUUUUCGGGGUCAGGGCUUGCUGUGGGUUCAUUUCGUCGGGAGGAGGCGGCCAGGCAUUCGUGUGUUGCGCGUGAAGGUGUGCACGGGGAUCGGUCUACACGUUUGACGACAGCGUUUUGGGGCAGACGGAACACCCCCCCUGGGUGUGAUUCCCUGCCGUGAGAUUGGAACCCUUGCGCGUGGCUACCAUGCUUUGCUUGUACAGAUAUUCAUCCGAUGCGGGCGAAAUCUACACCUCACUGGACUUCCUCCGAGAGAGAAUGUUUUCCCACCUUGUCAGACGUACGCUUUCUAAAGUCUAAGAAGAUUCACAUCGAAAGGGGGGGGGGCGUACCAGAGGGAUAGAGGCGUGUCGUGGGGGCGGGGGUUGGGGGUUGGGAGUAGGCGUUGUGGGCAGUGUCCCGUCGGCAGUUGAACAUUUUCUCUCUUUCUGGACCGUGCCCGUGCAAGCACUGUCCUGCGUGUCGCGCAGCGCAGUGCCGUGAAGUGUAGUGGUGUGCAACAGUAGCUCGUUGACACCCUUUUUUCAUUCUCGAGGUCGACGUUUUCCAUGCAUCGUCGCGACGUACGCGUUAUCAAAGCGCGGUCGAUAUGAUGACCAGAUUUAAUCCCGCCGCUCGUACCCAACCGAGACCCUCCUUUCGGUAGAGGAACCGCGAAUCAGCGCUAUCGGGUAUAGUAACUCGGAGAUCAGCGCAGUGUACCCAUCAUCCGUGUGCGUAGGGUAGUGCUGUGUAGACGUCUGUGCUUCCCUUUGUACAUCGACACCCCGUGUUCACCUGUCUGUUAUGGGAUGGAGUUCGUCAUUGUCCUGACAAAUUUACCGGAUAUCGGGUAGAGGCCGGCAGGUUUGAUGGGCAGGCAGCAUCAACGAUGGAACGGAAUGAAAGAUGAAUAUGACAUGAACCUUUCAAGGUCGCGUAGCCGGAGUGUUUGUGUGUGUUUCCAUUUUUUUCUGGUGCGAACACAACUACACCUUCCCGGUUAUUUGGCCUAUGAGUCGGGGUCGUACAGGAGGAAGGGACCACACGGAUGUCCUUUUUCUUGUACGGAUCUUUUCCCAAGUUAGGCCCAUGCUGUGCUUGCAUUCGAAUUUCAAAGCAACAAGGGUCAGCAGUCCCUCCUUUGUGGUAUUCGGAUGAAAAUUGUUUCGAAGGAUUGCAGAUCUUCCGAGAGAUAUUCUGCUACUAGUACUGCAGUAGGAUUGCGAGGCUACCACCUAGAUUGAGAUGAUGAUGUACGAAGACAAUGGACUGACGUCGCUCCACAUUCGGCGAGAUUCACAUUCCACGUUUCGGGUCAGCGCCAAUCGCACGGGAGAACUUGUCUGAAGAUUGAAUCGCCUUCAUUGU